UCCUAGGCUCACACCCCUCACACCACGCAAGGACGCCUGUGCGUGUCCCAUUGCUCCCCUGCACUCCCAGUUGAGCCUCAUAGACUCCUGCAUACACCCAGAGACCGCUUGUGCUCACACACUCACUGUGGCCUGCCUCUGUUUACCCUCCAUGGCACCCCGUGUGACCCCACUACUGGCCCUCAGCCUGCUGGUUCUCUGGACUUUCUCUGUCCCAGCUUUGGGUGGUGCCAAUGAUGCUGAAGACUGCUGCCUGUCUGUGGCCCGGCACCCCUUCCCUGGACACCUUGUGAGAGACUUUCGCUACCUCCUCAUCAAGGAUGGCUGCAGGGUGCCCGCUGUUGUGUUCACCACAGUGAAGGGCCGCCAGCUCUGUGCACCCCCAAAACAGCCCUGGGUGGAACGCAUCAUCCGGAGACUGCAGAAGGCCUCUGCCAAGAGCAAGCGCCACAGCAGUUAACCCAUGACAGAACCAGAAGGAGCCCUGUGCCUGAGUGAAGGGGAUGAGAACCACUCUGGCCUGGGGAACCAAGGACCUGAAUGGAGGACCAGGCCUCCCACUGCUCCUCUGCUCAGCCAGGGCAGGGCCUGGAGAAUCAAUGUGAAUAUGAGUGCGAAUGUGAAUGAGAGGGUGAGUUUGGUGAGAGUCCAGCUUCCUCACGCCCACACCGCAAUGCUUCCAAUAAAGCCACCUCACACCCGCG